CGCGCUGAAAAAGAUCAAACCCCGACUCUGGUUUCGAAACAGCUGGAAAAGUGGAAGAAGUUGCUAAUUCGCAAGUUCCUGAUGGAAUAAAAAGGCAUGAUGCUGAUAAGGGACGAAUAAGAGUCGUGUGAGAAUGUUUGAACGAAUUUAGUAUAUUGUUACUUACAGCAUCAGAUGACAGUCUCUCGAGAAAAAACAUCGCCACUGAGAUUUCGUCUCAAAAUUUUCAAGAAUAUACCAAUUAUUUGGUCAAUCUAUAAGGACAUUUAGGAAAACAUGGGAAGUUUUAAAGGCCAUGCAUUGCCUGGAAGUUUCUUCCUGAUCACCGGCCUGUGGUGGGCCGCAAAGCAGACAUUUUUGUAUGCCACCCGCAGGAAUAAAAGUGCUGGUGCUGGCAGACUUGCGUCUCGAGCUACACAACGCCGCAUAGAAAUCAUAGAAGGAGCUGUCAUUUUAUCAUUUUCUAUUAUUGGUAUGUUAGCAGAGCAGCUUUUAGCAGGUGGGCCCAAGUUUCAGCUGUAUGAUUCUUCCACUCAGCACUGGGAGCAGCUGAUGAACUGGCAGCACACCACCAUGUACCUGUUCUUUGCCAUCGCAGGGGCCAUAUCUCUCACUGUCCACAGCACAGACAUCGCCCCGCUGGCCUUAGAUCGGAUGCUGCUGGGUCUUGCUUUCUUUAAUGAGGGAUUUCUAUUUCUUUACCAUCUCCAUGGUAGAGAUAUGCUUGAUGUCCAUGUGCACACCCUUCUCCUCUAUGCCAUCUUUGGACAAGCUUUCAUCUGCCUUCUGGAGGUUUUCCACAGAGGGAAUAUUCUACUCGAACUGCUCCGAGCCACUCUCACCAUACUGCAGGGCAGCUGGUUGUGGCAGAUUGGCUUUGUGCUGUACCCACCCAGUCAAGUGAAAUGGGAUCAGACAGACCAUGACAACUCGGUCUUUGUCACAUUAUGCUACUGCUGGCAUCUAGCAUUUGCAUUGCUCACUGUAGCUGUAGUUUACUGGUCUGUUCUCUGUGCUGUGCGUUCCAGACUAAGGAGGAUGCCACCCAUGGAAAUGGGGCUUUUGAAACCAAGGGAGAAAGAAGUAGAGUCUGAAGAUGAGAUUUUAUGAGUAUUUAUCAUCCUUACACGUUCAUGCCAGCAUCCAAAUACACUUGGACCUGAUUCCAAAGAAAAGUAUAGAGACAGAGAGCGAGAGAUAGAUAUGAACAGAGAGGCAUUGUCACUAAAUAUUAGCUCUGUCUUAAUUUCCUGAAGAGCAGAUGGGAGAUGACAAACAGUGACAGUCUUGCUUCCCAAGAUCUGUUUCAUCAUACUAUAACAAGGGACUGUAAGUAAAUCAGAAGAGCCAUAGUGUUAUAUCUCUCACUCAUUUUCCCAGUAUGAUAGUUACAACUCUCUGUCCAUGCGGUCCGCUAUCUUGUGUGGUCAUUCCUUUUUUAUUUCACUAAUCCCUAUUUCUCUGAUGCACCUCAGGACCAACCUACUCUAAUAAAUUAAU